GCCUCUUGCUAUGUUGCUGUAGUGUCAGCGCCCCGGGUAGUAGUGUGUGGAGUGCCGCUGCCCAGAUUGUGGUACUGUAGCCGGGCACAGACAGAGGAGAGGUUACUUCCGCGUUGUGAGCAGGAUGAAAGAUGGACCCAGAGGAGCAAGAGCUGUUGGGCGACUACAGAUACAGGAAUUACUCAUCAGUCAUUGAGAAAGCAUUGAGAAAUUUUGAAUCUUCAAGUGAAUGGGCAGAUUUAAUCUCAUCUCUAGGAAAACUCAACAAGGCUUUGCAGAGCAAUUUAAAAUACUGCCUCUUACCAAGACGUCUGAUUAUCGCCAAGAGACUAGCACAGUGCUUGCACCCAGCACUGCCCAGUGGAGUCCAUUUAAAAGCUUUAGAGACAUAUGAAAUUAUAUUCAAAAUUAUUGGAACAAAAUGGCUUGCCAGAGACCUUUUCUUGUACAGCUCUGGCUUGUUUCCCCUGCUGUCCCAUGCAGCCAUGUCAGUGAAGCCUGUCCUCUUAGGCCUAUACGAGACCUACUUCCUUCCUCUUCUGAGGUCCCUGCUGCCAAGUCUGCAGGCUUUCAUCACUGGGUUAUUGCCUGGACUUGAAGAAGGAUCCGAAAUUUAUGAAAGAACAGAUCAGCUACUUCAAAGACUGUCAAUGGUGGUAGGACAGGAGGUUUUCUAUAGCUCUCUGUGGGGAAGCGUUCUGGUUAGCAGCGCCAUACGACUCCCGGCUUCUCUAUUUGUGGUCAGUCACAUCAAUAGAGACGUACCUGCCAGAGCACAAAGCUUCAUGCUCGGGAAUGACAAGCAGUUGGCUAUAAAAUCUCUUUGUGUCUCAGUCCUUGACUCAAACGUGCUUGUGCAAAGGAAUACGUUGGAGAGUCUUCUCUUCUUUUUCCCAUUCCACACAUGCCUGGAGGACAAUGAAUGUCCCAUAUCCCUGACUAGGUCUGAAGUCAUUCUCAUGCUUUCAGCAGCCAUCCAGACUGUGUUGAGGAGAGACAUGUCUCUAAACAGGAGAUUAUUUGCCUGGCUAUUAGGUUCUGAUAUCAAGGGAGGCUUUGUGGCUCUGGAAAUAAAUGUUUCAGCAGGAGAUGAAGAUUAUUAUAAUUUAUUCUUUGUAAAGUACUCUAAAGACUUCUUAGUUCAGGCUUUGAUGCAAAUAUUACACCAAAACAUUCUAUAUUCCGACUCUGAGCAAGGACUGCAGAUGUAUCUGAAGCCGUUCCGUAUCCUGGUCAGUCUUCUAGACAAGCCAGAGAUAGGUCCUCCAAUUGUUGGAGACUUGUUUUUGGAAGUGAUUCGAGCUUUUUAUGCAUACUGCAGGGAUGCUCUCGGCACAGACAUGAAGCUGAGCUACGGUCAGACAGGCAGCCAGCUUAUAAGUGCAAUUAAAGAAAACAAGAAUGCAUCUGAGAUUGUAAAAACUGUCAACCUUCUAAUCACAUCUCUAAGCACAGAUUUCCUGUGGGAUUAUAUGACUACUUGCUUUGAGGACUGCUUCCGAAGACAAAGUAAUAACACUCGUGGUGAACGUUAUGUGGGACAAGCUCCAUCAGUGUCCGAGAUUUGCACUUUGCUGGUGUUCCUUCUUGAUGUCAUUCCUUUGGAACUCUAUUCAGAGGUGCAAACACAGUAUCUGCCUCAGAUGCUAAGUUACAUGGCCCAGUCUCUAUCUGAAAACAUGGACGCUUUGAGUCUUCUAGAACUGACACAGGCUCUAAAGACAUGUUUUAAAGUGCUCAGCAAAGUGCAGAUGCCGCCAGCCUAUCUGGAUGUGGAAACGCCAAGCCCUGACCAGAGCCCAUCAAAAGAAUCAUUGAAUAUUAAGCCAGUCUCUGGACCAGACGAGGAGGAGGGAUUUGCAGAAGAGGAAGAAGUUUUUCCUGCACUUAAGUCAGAAGACAGUGGCAUUGUCCUGAGUGCAUCCUCUCCUGAGCUGUCUGAGCAUCUACGCAUGCCCAGAGUGUGCCCUGAGAAAGGAGAUGUGUGGAAGAAAGGUGGCAGCAUGCAGAAGACAUUGCACUGCAUCCAGGAACUAGUGGCCAACUUUGCCAGCAAACAUCUGUUUGGGAUUCAGAUACAGCCACAGAACAAUGGGACAAGCACAACAGUGACUGAGUUAACAGCAGAAAAGGAGGAAGGUCCUAAAAAGAGGGGAGCAUGGGAAGCCAAACAAAUCACUGCACCUCAGUUCAAACAAAUGCUGACCGAUUUCUUCACUCCUCGAGCACCAACUUUAAAGCAAAAGAGUUUGAGAUCAGCUGGUUCUCCAUCACUUUCUCCUAGUAAAGCUGUGAAUAAAGGGUCCGAGGAGGAGUGGGAUAUUGACCGCUUCAUAAAGAACAUGGGCAACCUGACAGAAGAAUGCCGGGAAGCAUUUGCUGCUGCUUGCCACUUCUUGCUGGAUUGUGCCACAUUCCCGGUGUACCUUUCAGAAGAGGAGACUGAGCAGUUAUACAUUACUCUCUUCCAUAUGCCUGGUUCUGGAGAUUCCUGCUUCCCAUUGUGGUUUAAGGCUCUCAUGACAAUCUGCUGCUGUGUAAAAGAUUGUUAUAUUCAGAAUGUAGCAAUUUCUACUCUACUUGAGGUCAUCAACCACUCUCAGUCCUUGUCGCUUGUGAUGGAAGAUCGAAUGAAGCGCUCUAAAAUCUCCGGAUACAGCGGCCUUUUUGGAAAACUGCAGAUGGUCACUGUACCGCCUGUCACUCCAGCAGUUCUGAAACUCAUGGCUGAAAAAACAGACUUCUAUCCGAGAGUGGCUCACGUUCUGUGGAAUCAGCUGAACAUGGAGACCAGGGAACAUCACAUAACCUGUGUGGAGCUUUUCUACAGACUGCACUGCUUGGCCCCUUCUGCUAAUAUCUGUGAAGAGAUUAUCUGCCAGACUUUGCUGGAUAAUGAUAAAGUCACCAGAUUGGAAGCUUUAUUCCGUUUCUCAGUAAUUUGGCAUCUCACACGAGAAAUUCAGGGCAGCAGGGUCACAUCGCACAACAGGUCCUUUGAUAGAUCUCUCUUUGUGGUUCUUGACAGUCUAAACUGUUCUGAUGGUGCUAUUGGUGCAGCUGCACAGGGUUGGCUUAUCAGGGCACUUUCCUUAAAUGAUGUUGCAAGAAUCCUUGAACCUGUCUUAUUGCUCCUACUACACCCAAAGACACAGAGAACCUCUAUUCACUGCGUCAAGCAGAAGAACUCUUCAGAAGAAUUCAGUUUUUGGUUAGCAAAGAAAAGAACUUAUUUUAAAGAUUCACCUGGAAUUUCUGAUUUUCCUGAAAGUGGUUCAGAAGAAAGCAUUCCUCAGUUUAACACUGUGGACAGAGAGGCCAUUUGGGCUGAAGUAGAGAAAGAUCCUGAGAAGAUGACAAACGAGUUGGUUGAAAAUCAUUCUACCAACUUCACAAAGCAAAAACUUUAUGGAGAAGAAGACAGUGAACAUACAGAGUCAGCUGACACCAGUACUGGACACAAUGAGAGUGAAAAUACAUCGUCAUUCUCUCCUAGCUCUUUUGAUAUUAGUAAUGAGCAAAAUGGUGGGGACAGUUUAGAAAGAAAAGGAAGUUUGAUGCAAACUGGACAAUUAAAUAUACCCUGUCUAGAUGCUCCCCGACAGAUCACAUUAUUAAAUUUGGUACGCACUGAAUCUGAUGUUACUCAGACGUCAGAAUCACUUUCAAGCGAUGAUGAAGCAGAUUUAGAACUUCAGGCAAUAAGAAGCACAAGGCUCUUAAAGCAGCAGAAGGAAAGGGAAGAGAUGAUAGAGGCUCUGUUUAAACAUAUCCUGUUGUACCUGCAGCCUUAUGAUUCAAAACGUGUUUUGUAUGCUUUUUCAGUGUUAGAAGCAAUUCUAAAAACAAACCCGAAAGAGUUUAUUGAGGCUGUGGCUAGCACUAGUAUGGACACCAGCUCUACAGCUCACCUAAACUUGAUAUAUAACCUUCUGGCACGCCACCAGGAAGCCCUUGUUGGACAAAGUUUUUAUGGCAAACUUCAAACACAGUCACCGUCAAUGUGUCCUCAUUCUUUAUUGAUAGAACUUCUAACAUACCUCUGUCUGAGCUUUCUGAGGUCCUAUUACCCAUGCUAUCUUAAAGUUACUCACAAAGAUGUUCUUGGCAACAGGGAUGUCCAAGUGAAAAGUGUUGAAGUCCUAAUACGAAUGAUGUCACAACUAGCCAUGACAGCCAAAUCAUCCGAGGGGAAAAAUGUUGAGUUUAUACACGGCUUGCUAGAGAGAUGUAAAGUCCAAGAGUUUGUGCUCCUGUCGUUGUCUGCUUCUAUGUACACAAGCAAAAAAAAGUAUGAGAUGGUUUUAUCUUGUGGCAAUAAAGAUGUUGAUGAUGACUUGUUUGAAGAGAGUGUUAUUAACUUUGGUCAAGACCAAAUAUGGAGUGAGCAUCCUCUGCAGAUAGAGCUUCUAAAGCUCCUUCAGGUGUUAAUUCAUUUAGAGCAUCAUCUCAGGCAGUUACAUGAUGAGCAAGACAUCCAAGCAGAGCUGUCUAAGGAAUGGCAGCGAGCUCUCAACUUUCAGAAGUCUAUCAAUGCUAUGCAGUACGUUCAGUCACAUGCGAUAACAUCCCAGGGUUUGUUUGUUUCUGCUGUUGUGUGUGCUCUUCGUCCAGAGUAUGGUUAUGGGAUGCACCCUCCCUGGGUUGCCCUGGUUACGUCAUCCUUGCCUUAUUUUGGAAAAUCAUUGGGGCUCACAGUAGUGCCAUUUAUUGUGCAAAUCUGCAAAAACUUGGAUGAACUAGUAAAGCAGUAUGAAAAUGAGUCUUUAAAGAUUAGCAGCACCACAUAUAAAAGGGAAAACAUUUCUCCGGAUUAUCCACUGACCCUUUUGGAAGGACUUACCACAAUUGGGCAUUUUUGUCUUUUGGAGCACCCCACACAAGUGAAAAAGUCCUCAUCGUUUGAUCCUGCCAGCCUGAAGAAUGCAAGAAAUGCCCUACUGGAGGAACUGCCACGGAUCUUUAACACCAUGUCACUGCUCUGGAGUGUGAUAACAAAGCAAGAGAAGGAAAGGCGACCUUCUGACCUCCUGGGGACCAUUAAGGGAUCAUCUGUUUAUUUCAAAUCAACCAAAACAUUGAAACAGAAAAUUCUAGACUUCCUGAACCCGCUGACCGGACACCUGGGAGUUCAGCUCAUUGCAGCUGUUGCUGCAGUGUGGAAGAAGAAGAGAUUUAACAAGGCCCAAAGUAAAGCUAAGAAAUCUUCACUGGUUGAUAUUCCGAUGCUGCAGUUCAGUUAUGCUUUUAUUCAAAGACUUUCAGCCAAUGACAUGCAAGAAAACUAUCAGCCAUUGCUGGUUUUGCUAAAAGAAUCUGUACAGUUAAACCUGGCGCCCCCUGGCUUUUUUCUGCUAUUAAGUAUGUUGAAUGAUUUUGUGACCAGGACACCGAAUAUAGAAAACAAGAAGGACCAAAGGGAUCUCCAGGAGGUGACACAGAAGAUCCUGGAAGCAGUGGGAAAUGUUGCUGGUUCCUCCCUGGAACAGACCAGCUGGUUGAGCAGAAAUUUGGAGGUGAAAGCACAACCGCAGGUUUCUUUUGAUGACACAGAUGCCUAUGAGGAAUUAUAUGACGAUUCUGCUGCUGCUGCCCAGUCCUCCAUGGUGUCUGCAUCUGCACCAUCUAUCUACAGCGUUCAGGCUCUUUCAAUUCUUGCAGAGGUUUUGGCUACUCUUCUAGACAUGGUUUACAGAAGUGAUGAGAAGGAGAAGGCUGUCCCAUUAAUCUCCCGACUUCUGUAUUAUGUAUUUCCUUAUCUACGAAAUCACAGUGCAUACAAUGCUCCUAGUUUCCGUGCCGGUGCCCAGCUGCUCAGCAGUCUCAGUGGAUACGCCUACACAAAGAGAGCUUGGAAGAAGGACGUAUUUGAUUUAUAUAUGGACCCUGGCUUUUUCCAGAUGGACAAUUCCUGUAUACACUGGAAAUCUAUUAUUGACCAUCUCUUGACCCAUGAAAAAACAAUGUUUAAGGAUUUGAUGACAUUGCAGAGCAGCUCAUUAAAGCUUUACCCAAGCAAUGAGCAGAAAGGAAUGCUACUGAAGCGCCAGGCAUUUGCAGUGUUUAGCGGUGAAGUUGACCAGUACCAUCUAUACCUGCCGCUCAUACAAGAGCGCCUGACUGACAACAUUCGUUGUGGACAGACUCCUGUAAUGGCAGCUCAGAUGUUUCUGUUCUUCCGAGUUCUACUGCUUAGAAUUUCACCGCUACACCUGACCUCAUUAUGGCCAAUCAUGGUGACUGAGCUGAUCCACGCAUUUGUUCAACUUCAAGACGAUUUAGUAGCAGAGGAAACACCAUCAAAGAAUGCCAAAGUGAAUAAACAUAAAUCUGCAGCAAGUGACAGUAAUGGGCCGGUAUAUUGUGACAUACAACCAGGCUCUCUUCACCUGUAUUUAUCGGCCAGCAAGUUCUUGGAUACAGCACUUUCUUUUCCCCCUGACAAAAUGCCUUUAUUUCAGAUGUACAGAUGGGCCUUUGUUCCUGAAGUAGAUACCGAUUCGUGUAGCAUUCCCUCUGAUGGCGUAGAAAACCAUCCUCAGUGCAAACCUCAUGUUGUGCGAAUAGUGGAAUUACUGAAGUUUAGGUUUGGGGAAAAGUUCACAGAAAGUGAAUCAUCAAGCAAGAAGGAGUUUCCUCUUCUGAAUCUCCGUAUUUUAUACAGCAUCACACAGCUCAUUCCAUUUUUCAGGACCCUCAGUUAUGCAUUCAAAGCGAAGGGAAAAGCAUCGAAAAACUCUAAAAGUCUCUUUGAUGCUCCAGUGGAAUACCCAGUGGAGGACAGUACAAGGGUUUUAAAAGAACUUGAAGAAAAUGUUGAAAAUGAUUUUUUGGAAAAUAUGGGAAGUUAGUUUAUUCUCCAAAAAAUGUGUAAUUCAAGCACCACAUCAACUUUUUGUUGGUUUAAUCUUAUUUCUAUAUAUAAUAAACGCAGGGAAAAAUGUUAAAAUAUGGCAUGUAUGUUCACUACUAAUAACUGAAAAUAUAUAGAGAAAAAUGUUACCUUUAAGAUUGUAAUAAAAAUAAUAAGUCAUAUAUGAAGGAAAACAUACUCUAAGACCUGGAGCUCUGCACUAUAUCAGCCGUUCAACUGUCCUGACUUGAAAGUGAAAUAUAUAUAUAUACUUCUUUUUUCUUCUUCUUCUUUCAAAUCUUUAAAAGUUUGCAGUAAUUGUUAUUUUCAGUAAUAUGUUUUGAGAGUUCUAAAAUACAACAUUUCUUAUAUGCA